GUGGGCGGGACUAAAGCGAGUGACUGCAUAGUGGAAACUUUGUUAGCUGCUUGCUAACGUCGUUCCUGUGGCUACGUGGAAAAAUGUCACGGUCGUGACGCAGCGCGACGGCAAUUCCCGAAAAGAUGCAGUGCAACGGCGGGGACGACGGAGACCUGUGCAGCAUGGCCACUUCGGUGCUGCUGAACAGCAAACAUGAGAUCGGGGCACGAGUGCAACAGUUCGUGGAGGAGAGGAUGCAGACCACCAUGCUCACAGGUGUACUGAUCGGAGCUGCAGUCGCUGUCUCACUGAUCGGCAUCGUGGUGCUCUUCCUUUACAGGAGAUACAAGCUUGCUCGUAAACAACAGGCUGGUGUACCCCAGUAUCGCUUCAGAAAAAGGGAUAAAGUGCUCUUCUAUGGAAGGAAGAUAAUGCGAAAGGUCAAGACGCUAUCCUUGAUUCCUCCCUCCACCUCAGUGUCAAAGCAGCCGCAGCGCAUUCGCAAAAGAACCAAAGUUUUGAGCAUAGCUCGCAAAAUCCUUAGGAUCCGUAAAGACCCUCCCACCCUGCAGCCCAAGGAACCCCCUCCCUCACUGCUGGAGGCUGACCUCACAGAGUUUGAUGUGCAGAGCUCAAACCUGCCCUCUGAAGUCCUCUACAUGCUGAAGAAUGUCAGGGUCCUGGGUCAUUUUGAGAAGCCCCUGUUCCUGGAGCUGUGUCGCCACAUGGUGUUCAUUGAGCUCCAGGAAGGCGAAGGUCUGUUUAGGCCGGGAGACGAGGACGAUAGCAUCUACGUGGUCCAGGAUGGACGACUCAAGCUCUGUAUCCAGGAGAACGAUGGUACAGAACGAGUUGUGAAGGAUGUGCACCCAGGAGACAGUGUCCACAGCCUGCUCAGUAUUCUUGACAUCAUCACUGGUUAUCCAGCUCCAUACAAGACUGUGUCUGCACGAGCUGCAAUACGCUCCACCAUAUUACGUUUACCUGCAUCAGCCUUUGAGACAGUUUUCAAGAAAUACCCAGAGACGCUCGUGCGCGUCAUUCAGAUAAUCAUGGUGCGCCUCCAAAGAGUCACCUUCUUGGCAUUGCAUAACUAUCUGGGCCUAACAACUGAGCUCUUCAAUCCGGACAGCCAGGCUGUGCCCUUAUCCAACAUACACAGUUUUAUUGGGGAGGCAAACUCUGGGAAGACAACUCGUCGUCUUCACCUUCAGGACGAGUUACCUGCCGGGACCACUGAGGGCCCUGCAGAGACAGAUGGUGUGAAAGAUAGCCCUUCAAACAGCCACAGGAAGCAGCGUUCCAUCUCCAUGCCCACCGACUGCUCAGGUAUUGACCUGAACAUGGCUUGUGAACGAGCUCGAGUAACUAUAGAUGAAGCCCCAUCCAGUCCUGUCACUCAAAAGUCCAGUCUGAAGAAGAGUGUGACAAUGCAUCACACGCCCUCUGAAGUGUUUCACUACACAGACAGCGGGGGGCAGUCUGACGCCAUCCACCUCAGCAAGAGUAGCACAAUCUUCCAGGCUGCUAAGAAGGACCUGCUGCGAAUCAUGCAGCUGCAGGAUCCGACGCUGCUAGAGGGCAGAUUGACACUCCAUCAUGUCAAAGCUGGUUCUGUGGUGGCACGUCAGGGAGACCAGGAGGUGAGCAUACAGUUUGUGAUUUCUGGCCUACUCCACGUUUACCAACGGAUGAUCGACCGCGAAGAAGAGACCCGUCUGUUUGUGACGCACCCCGGAGAGCUCGUCGGUCAACUCGCUGUCUUGACCGGAGAGCCCCUCAUAUUCACUAUGCGAGCUCAGCGAGACUGCAGCUUCCUCUCAAUUUCCAAAACCCACUUCUAUGAGAUAAUGCGUGUGGAGCCCAACGUAGUGCUGAAUGUUGCUCACACAGUGGUGAGGAGGAUGUCGUCUUUUGUCAGACAAAUAGACUUUGCUCUUGACUGGAUGGCCGUGGAAGCUGGCCGGGCCGUCUACAGGCAGGGAGAGAAAUCAGACAGUACUUUCAUAGUACUGAGUGGUCGACUUCGCUCUGUCAUCAUGAAGGAGGAUGGCAAGAAGGAGCUGAUAGGAGAGUAUGGACGUGGUGACCUGAUAGGAGUGGUGGAGGCGCUGACCCACCAGAACAGAGCCACCACGGUGCAUGCUGUACGAGACUCUGAGCUGGCCAAGCUACCAGAGGGCGCGCUCAGCUCCAUCAAGAGGAAGUUUCCACAGGUUGUCACCAGGUUGAUCCACAUACUUGGCCAGAAGAUCCUCCAGCAGGUCAACGGUCCUCUGACGGGUCGCAGUUUGGCCCUCCACACUCCAGGCAGUAAAUGGGAUGCAGGGAACCCGGCAUCCAACCUCUCAACUGUGACAGUCCUGCCUGUGUCGGAGGAGGUACCUCUCACUGCCUUCACCCUGGAGCUGCAGCAUGCACUUAUCGCAAUAGGCCCCACUCUUCUGCUGACCAGUGACAUUAUCAAACAGCGACUGGGAGCCGCAGCACUAGACAGUGUCCAUGAGUACCGUCUGUCUAGCUGGCUGGGCCAACAGGAGGACAUCCAUCGUAUAGUUCUCUACCAGACCGACUACACACUGACCCCAUGGACACAGCGGUGCAUCCGGCAGGCCGACUGCAUCAUCAUCGUGGGAACAGGAGAGCAGGACCCUGCUGUCGGGGAGCUGGAGCGUAUGUUGGAAGGGAGUGCAGUCCGUGCCCAGAAGCAGCUGGUGCUGUUGCAUAGAGAAGACGGCCCCCCGCCCAAAGGAACUGUGGACUGGUUGAACAUGCGAAGCUGGAUCUCCAGACACCUCCACCUCUCCUGUCCCCGACGGGUCUUCUCUAAGAGGAGUCUGCCCAAAUUGUUGGAGCUGUAUCAGCGUGUGUUUGAGAAGCCAGCAGACCGCCACUCGGACUUCUCUCGUCUGGCUCGCGUCCUCACGGGCAACGCCAUUGCUCUUAUUCUAGGAGGAGGAGGGGCCAGGGGUUGCUCCCAGGUGGGGGUAUUGCGAGCUCUCUGCGAGGCUGGCAUCCCAGUGGACCUCAUUGGUGGCACCUCCAUUGGUUCCCUGAUGGGGGCAUUAUACGCUGAAGACCGCAGCCACAGUCGCAUGAGGAUGAGGGCCAGAGAAUGGGCAAUGGAAAUGACGUCGGUGUUUAAGAAGAUCCUGGAUUUGACAUACCCAGUUGUCUCCAUGUUUUCCGGGGCUGCCUUCAACUCCGGCAUCAGCAACGUCUUCAAGAGCAAACAGAUCGAGGACCUUUGGAUCCCGUAUUUUAAUAUCACAACUGACAUCACUGCCUCGGCCAUGAGGGUACACACUGAUGGCUCUCUGUGGAGGUACGUCCGUGCCAGCAUGUCUCUUUCUGGGUAUCUGCCUCCUCUCUGUGACCCCAAAGACGGACACUUGCUGAUGGACGGAGGCUACAUAAACAACCUGCCUGCUGAUGUGGCGCGCUCCAUGGGGGCCAAAGUGGUGAUAGCUAUUGACGUGGGCAGCAGGGAUGAAACCAACCUCACUAAUUAUGGCGACUCACUCUCAGGCUGGUGGCUGCUAUGGAAACGCUUCAACCCCCUAGCUGAGAAAGUAAAGGUGUUGAACAUGGCAGAGAUUCAGACACGGCUGGCCUACGUGUGCUGCGUGAGGCAGUUGGAGUCUGUGAAGAACAGCGACUACUGCGAGUACAUUAGACCUCCAAUUGACAGAUAUCGUACACUGGAGUUUGGCAAGUUUGAUGAGAUCGCUGAGGUGGGAUACCAGCACGGCAAGACGGUGUUUGAUGUAUGGAGACGCAGUGGAGUGGUGGACAAAAUGUUGAAAGACAGACACCAGGAGGAUUUCCACAACACCCAAAGCAAGAACAACGUAGUGACUUGUCCCAACGCUUCCUUCACUGACCUGGCAGAAAUUGUUUCUCGCAUCGAGCCCGUCAAACCUGCUGUGGUGAAUGAGGAGUCAGACUGCCACACCGACUAUGACGAGGAGGCCGUGGAGAGCGCCCUGUCUGACAUGGAGCUCUACAAUAGAUACGGAGAGCACACUGAAGGGGAGGAGACCGCUGACACGGAUGAAGAUCUGGAAUUGAGUCGCCGACGCCGCGUUGCCAAACUAGCCGUCGGCGAAACGAAGUAAGUGUCCCUGACACUCCACCGGACGUGCCGUUAAAACCAGGAAGUCCUUUCCAAACACUCCAUCAAGUGAAGACCGGUCUCAUGAACUCUGCCGGAAGACGUCAUCACGAUUUAACCCGCCUCUCUUCGCCACAUAUCAUCCCCCGGUUUGUCCCACGUCACUCAAAACCUGCUCCAUCCUCCCCUGAGACCAUCAGAGCGACACUGAUUACCAUUCUGACCUCUGCACCCUGGCAUCGUUAGUGUCUGUCUCACAUAACAAAUGGACACUCCUUUAAAAAAACAAAAAAAUAAACCAAUACAGGCGUCAAGUCUAACAUUCACUCAGCUGCGAGUCUUCGUCGAUACAAGCAGCUGCAGGCCUCAUUAUUUCUCAUAUUGAGAUGGUCUAGAUCAGUUGUUGGAGCUUCACAUGCAUCACACAGUGGAGGAAGAUGACAAGAAGAUUGGAGCAGUGAUAAUAUAGAUGAUUAACCCAUGAAAUAUUUAUCACGUUAAAAAACUGGGAAUCUUUCUUGAUUUCGUUUGGGAGACAGAUAUGAGGAAUUUGAUCUAAAUUCAGGCCGUGUAUUGAAGCUAUUGCCCAUCUCCGUUUAUGCACAGCAGCCCGGCCGUUCUUUAGUUUGUCAAACUACAAACAAAACAUGUUGUUCCAUAAAUAUUUUACAGUGAAUGUAGUGAAUAAUUACGUAUGAUUUAUAUUCAAACCAAGAAUGUACACAACAACCUAAGCCGUACAUAAUUUAUGCACAAGUCACCACAGUUGGACAAUCGUUCCUGAAAUGCAAAUGCAAUGCACAGUUCAACUCACAGACUGUUCUAUCGUCUUGAUUAACAUUAACUCUGUGUUAAACGACACCGUUUUAUAACUAAUGGUGAUCAUUGUAAUGGUAAUUCAUGUUUCAAUUAACAAAUUAAUCUUUUAGUCUAAAAAAUGACAAAAAUAAGUUGAAAUUGAACUUGAGGUCCUUAAUUUCUUUUUUACUUUUACUUUGUUUGAUAUGUUUUUCUGUUUGACAGCGUUAAUCGCGGGUCCAUUUAAAAAAAAAAAAGCGAUCCUUCAAUAUUACCGUUCAGAAAACCUCACCACCAUGUCGUGCCGCCAUUGCUUGUUUAUACUGAACCAAAAAAAAGAGCCGGCAUAUUGACGCCCCCGGCGUGAGACAGCCGGCGUCUGUCCCACCAACAUGGAUACUGCUCUGUGACUACCUCUGCUGCCGGCACAAAGGCAGAACAACUUUCCCACCUCACACCUGUUUUAGUGUAAAAGUUUUGACCUUUUAUACUAAACGGUGAGGUGGAAAUAAAGGUGUAAAACUCCCACCUUGAGUAAGGUGUUUUUUUAAUUUUUUUUAAGGGGCUGCACGUAUUACCAUUCCCUGACCAAUACUGGAUUUUUGACGUUGAUACCACUAAACACAUCCGCUGAGUUGAAAGGUCUGAUAACAAAACUUGCAGACUGAGCAAAACGUGCAGUGGUUCCAGUUAUUAGUUUAUCAAUGCAACUUUUAAAUGAUUCUUUUCCCAUUUGAUAGAGCAACCUGCGAGCAUCGCUCACACUAUGAAGCUGCGAUCUUUGUAAAUGCGGGUGCGAUGUGUAGACGGUGAGAGAGAACCUGUGAUAAACACUGAGGGGUGUCCAUAUGCUUUUGGCUCAACAGAGUCUGGACACAGAAUGUGAGACAAAGUGCAGAUAGAAGAAUGUUUUCCUGUUUACCAUGAGGUGUGUGUGUGUGUGUGUGAGAGUUAUUUUUUUUGUAGUUUUGGGUGGUUCCAGAAAAAAACCGAGCACAAUGAAUUUACGUUGUCUGGCGGGAUUAAGUUUCAUGACUUAAUUAAACGGGAUGUGGUAAUGGAUCAAAUGCUUAUGUAAUGUGUGGAACUGUGCCAUGACGUUAAUGUAACACAGCCUUAAAUGACCCAGAUGGAAAAACAACCACUCGUGCCCUCGUCUGGCCUCGAAUAAUUUACUACAAUGAAUUAAGUUAACCUGUGAGCCUGUACUGUACGACAUUGAUUACCAGUUUAUAUUUAUGUUAUUUGAUAAAAUAAUUGCUAUUGAUAACCAAUUGUUAUUAAAAUAAACCACUGUUUAUUGUUGUA